UGUAAUCGUCUCUCCAUAAAUCUAAGAACCCGAAAAGUAGAGCUUUGGUUCUCUGUCUGCUGCUUCUUUCUUCCCUUGGUACUUCAUUAUUUUUCCUUUCACUUCCUUUUUGUGAAAAAACAUUGAAACCCUUUUCAAGACGCAAUAGAAGAUGUGUGGAGGUGCAAUCAUUUCCGAUUUCAUUGCCGUGAAACGCGGUCGGAAGUUAACCGCCGAGGAUCUUUGGUCUGAACUUGACACAUUCUCCGACCUGUUGGGUCUGGAUUACGGAAAUGGAAAAGACCCUUUCUCUCAGUUCGACAACACCAAGGCCGGUUCCAAAGCCAAGAACCUUGAAAAAGUGACAAACGAGUCGACUCAGAAGACAAGCCGGGGGAGAGAGAAAGAAGGGAAGACUCAGCGAACUCGAAAGAACAUUUACAGAGGAAUCAGGCAAAGGCCAUGGGGGAAAUGGGCGGCUGAGAUAAGAGAUCCUCACAAAGGUGUCCGAGUCUGGCUCGGUACAUACAACACGGCUGAAGAAGCGGCUCGAGCCUACGAUGAAGCCGCCAAGCGCAUCCGCGGGGACAAAGCCAAGCUCAACUUCCCUCAAACUCCACGCCUAACUCAGCCUCCUGCUAAGAAAAGGUGUAUGAUGGCUCCUGAGUUGACUCCACCGAGUUCUGAAACCAAGAGCUCACCAACCCCACAACCUUUUAUGGGUUUUGGUUACGAGAAUGGAGUUUACAGGCCGAGUGAAGCAAUGGAAAGCGAGAUGGAGCUGAAGGAGCAAAUCUCGAGUCUGGAGUCCUUCCUGGGUUUGGAGCCUGAUGAGAUGACAACUGAGUUGAGUGGAAGCGCUGAGCCUGAGUCAGUGAACCUUUGGAUGCUUGAUGACCUUGUGACACAUCAUCAACAACAGCCUCAGCUCUUUUAUUAGAAAUUAAAAAGUUUAAAUUAGGGUAAUGUUAUGUUUGAUAUGAUUAUGCUUAAGACUUUAAUGUUUGUAUUAAUGAAGGGUAAAUAGUUGUGACAAUAAAAAGAUUGGCCACCCAGUUUUAAUUUA